CAACGACCGUAUAUAUAGCAAAAUAAACAAAUAAUAAUAAAUCCUAACGAUAACAAAAAUCUAUCCUUGUAUGUAUCAUGUGUUUGCGUUUAUAUAUAAAGUAUCCUCUCUGCUCAUAUGCCAUCGAAUUACAGCUGAGAGCUGACAUAACAUACUCUUCAAAUUCUCGACUUUUCUCUCUACAAUGGAAUGGAAAAGAGGUCCAGUAAUCGGACGGGGAUCUUACGCCACCGUCUCUGUUGCCACGACCACCACCGGAGACUUUUUUGCCGUCAAGUCCACCGAGCUUUCUACCUCUGCGUUCUUACAGAAAGAACAACACUUUCUUUCUCAAUUAAGCUCCAAAUACAUAAUCAAGUACAUGGGUUCUGAUGUUGAUUAUGAUGACAACAAACCCAUGUAUAAUCUGUUCAUGGAGUAUGCCGUCGAUGGAACGAUUUCGGAUGUUAUUAAGAAACAAGGAGGGUCGCUUGACGAGUCACUGAUCCGAUCUUAUACUCAUCAGAUUCUACUUGGAUUGGAUCAUCUUCACUGCAAUAAUUUGGUGCAUUGUGAUAUAAAAUGCCGAAACUUGUUGGUGUGCAAAGAUGCUGUCAAGAUCGGCGACUUGGGUUGUGCAAAGAUGGUCGGAAACAAUGGUGCCUCCACAUCUCAACUUUCCGGUACACCGGUUUUCAUGGCACCUGAGGUUGCACGAGGCGAAGAACAGGGGUUUCCCGCUGAUGUUUGGGCUCUCGGGUGCGCAGUUAUUGAAAUGGCAACUGGGUCGAACCCGUGGCCGGAGUUUAUGGAUCCGUUGUCUGCUUUAUACAGAAUAGGAUACUCCGGCGACAUACCAGACAUUCCCAAGUUUCUGCCGGAGGAAGGCAAAGAUUUUUUGACUAAAUGCCUGAAGACAGAUGCUAAAGAAAGGUGGACAAUAAAUGAACUUCUGCAACACCCAUUUGUUUGUAAUUUGAAUUCGGGAUCUGAAACAAGAAAAUCUCCGACAAGUAUACUUGAUCAAAGUUUCUGGGAAUCUUUAUCAGCGUCGGAACCUUCAGAGGAACCCACCCAGGUCGAUAAUUUUUCCGGCGAGUCUCCUGUGGAGAGGAUAAGGCAAUUGGUUGAAGCUACUCCGUCAUGUCUGCCCAAUUGGGACGAUGAGGAAGAUUGGAUCACAGUUAGACGUAAUGGGAUUGAUCAAAUGGAUGUUGAUGAUGGCGAUUUUGGUUAUAUGGAGUCGCUUAGUAUUUCAAUUUUUAAUGUAGAAGAAGAAUUAGAGUUUGAAAUCUCAGUUAGUGACGCAGAUAUUGAGGUUUUAGAAUAUUCGAUUGUAUCUAAUGUUCUUGAUUUUGAUCAUAUAAUUAACGAUAAUUUUUUGAAAAUUAGAGAGUACGUUUGUUAUGCUUUUCGAUAUUUAUUCUCUGCUAACAUUUUUUAA